AUGUCACAAGAUGAUUCAACUCCGAGAGGUGAUAAAUCUGUGACGAAUAGUAGGACUAACGAUAUGGAUAAACAAUUGAUAUAUAAUGAGACUGUAACUGGUAGGAAUAUCGAAAGCAAAUGCCCUGGAGAUAUUCAAAACAAUUUAGAACUUGUAAUAUCAAGCAGUCAAAAUAAGAUGGAUGUGAAAAUUCCUCUCAAUGAUGCAAAGUUGACAGCGUUAUGUGGUGCACUUUCUGGGUUUAUAUCAGGCAUAAUCGUCUGUCCGCUGGAUGUUGCCAAGACAAGACUUCAAGCUCAAGGGUUACAGUCCAGUGAAAAUCUUUACUACAGGGGAGUAAUUGGUACAAUGUCUACCAUUGUCAGAGACGAAGGGGUGCGAGGUCUGUAUAAAGGGCUAGUACCAAUCAUUCUGGGCUAUUUUCCAACUUGGACAAUUUAUUUUUCAGUGUAUGAACCUGCAAAGGAAUAUUACUCAGUUUUAUUCCCAUCAUGGGUAUUUGUCACUAAUUCAUGUUCUGCAAUUACAGCAGGUGCAGCAUCGACAAUAUUAACAAAUCCUAUAUGGGUAGUAAAGACAAGACUAAUGUUACAAACUAAUAUGGGUGAGAAUAUCACUCAUUAUAAAGGUACUUUGGAUGCUUUUAUUAAGAUAUCCAAACAGGAAGGUAUUCGGACACUAUAUUCUGGGUUAGUUCCUUCUUUGUUAGGAUUAUUUCAUGUUGCCAUUCAUUUCCCAGUCUACGAAAAAUUGAAGACCAGAAUGCAAUGCUAUUCAGUGAAAUAUAAUGACGAUGGAUCAUUGCAACAAACAAUAAAUAUCAAAAGAUUAAUCAUGGCAUCAUCCUUUUCAAAGAUGAUUGCCUCGUUGAUAACAUAUCCACAUGAAAUCCUUCGAACGAGAAUGCAAUUGAAAUCAAACCUGCCCGCAAGGAUUCAACAUAAAUUGAUCCCAAUGAUAAAAACUACUUAUAGAAAUGAAGGUUUUAUGGCUUUUUAUUCUGGAUUUACAGCGAAUUUACUUAGAACAGUUCCUGCAUCUGCUGUGACAUUAGUCUCUUUCGAAUAUUUUAGACAUUAUUUUGGGAAAUCUUAA